AUGAAUAGAUUUACCGGAAAGGUUUGUUUAGUUACUGGUGCCACAGCUGGUAUGGGUUUGGCUAUCUCAAUGAGAUUGGCACAAGAGGGUGGCUAAGUAGUCAUAUGCUCAAGUUAAAAGGAGAAUGUUGAUGAAACAUUAGCUCUAUUCAAAUAGAAGGGUCUAGAUGUAUCUGGAUAAGUAUGUGAUAUUGGUAACUAAGCAUCAAGGACAAAGUUGGUGCAAUUCAUUGACUAGAAAUUCGGGAGACUUGACGUUUUAGUCCUCAAUGCUGGAAUAUCAAUUCAUUUAGGAGAACAACUUGUAAUAACAGAGGAGGAUUAUGACUAGACUUUCAAUAUUAAUACCAAGGCUUAGUUCUUCCUGAUCAAAGAGUUUAAAUAGUUAUUGAAGAGAAGUCAGUCUGACCCUAAUAUUCUGGUGAAUGCGAGUGUACUUGGUUAUAGUCCAGAUAAAUUUGCUGGAGUAUACUCAAUGACAAAGGCUGCUGUAAUAAAUAUGGUUUAAUGGCUAGCUUAAGAGCUGAUAGAAGAUGAUAUUAGAAUUAAUGCUAUAGCUCCUGGUCUAGUUUAAACGAGAAUGUCAAACCCUGAAGUGACAAAAACUCUUACUUCCAAAUUUUCCAGGCCAUAGAAAGUAAUGGGGAAACCAGAGCAGAUAGCUUCUGCUGUUGCUAUGAUAUGCUCUGAAGAAGGAACCUUCAUUACAGGUGAAAUUCAUGCGAUGUAAGGAAUAUUGGGGAAACUAUGA